ACCAUCAAUAUUUUACGAAAAGUGUCUUCAAUCUCAGCUAUCCGAUUAUUCAUGACAGAUCAGAACAGUUCUAUAUUGUAGCUUAGCAUAACCGUUAAUCAUAUGCAUGAGAAUGAAUCUUUGAUAUGUAAGAAAACAUACAUUUAGAAAGUAGAUGUAGGCGAAAGCCCGUCCACUUAUCUGAAGAGAAUAACUUUGUUUGUUAUACCUUAAAAAAUUUGUUCCUAUUUAAAACUAUACAGAAAAAGUCUAACAUUUUUAAUGUUUUGCUGAGCGGCGCAUAGAAAAUCGAUGUUGGACUGCUGAGUGAGAUGUUGGACCGCUCGGAGAGAUGUUUACGUUUACGUACGUCACAGAAUGGGCGGAGCUUAAUCUCAUUUUCAUUCAGGCAUUCACCAAUGUCAUUACUAAUGACAAACAGGAGAAACGGAGACAGGAGAAUGGAAAGACUGAUCUUCACAGACAGCAGUCAAAACAAAGCAAAAAAAAGCGUUCAAAACUGGAAAGAAGAAAGAAGGCUGUGGAACAUCUUAAGUUAUCUAGACGAGUCAUUGCCCCAACAUCUAAAAAGAACUUGACGGAGUGCAUUCGGUUGGACAUAACUUCACCCGAGAAGACUGAUGACAAAAACUCAACAAAGAGGGUCAGGCUUCCAUUUCCCUGGAAAUCAACCAGACUGUGCAAGGGAUUUUUCUUUGGCCAUUUCCAGGGAUUACUCCUCAUAGAGGUAAUUAAUUUUCUCAGAUAUUUAUAAGCUCUUCUGAGGCGU